AUGGCCCCUCCUCGGCGAAACCUGCUCCCCAAGGAGCGCUUUGCAUUCGCGUUCGGAAGCCUGAAAACCCAAAGUUAUUACGACCCCAUUUCGCGAACACCGGGGUCUCACACGAUCCGGACGAUAGCAUGGAAUCCUACCGGUCAACUCGUGGCCACGGGCUCUGCAGACAGGACGCUGCGGAUCUGGAACCCCGAACGCUCGCAGGUUAAAUACUCGACUGAAUUGCGCGGCCAUACCGCUGGUAUCGAGAAGGUCCUGUUCAACCCCACGAAGGAUUCCGAGCUAGCUAGCUGCUCCACGGAUGGAACGGUGCGCUUAUGGGACGUCAGGUCCAAGACGUGCGUCAGCCGUGUCGAUGUCGGCGGCGAGGCGUUCACCUUGUCUUGGUCCGCGGACGGGAGCGUCAUGAUGGUCGGCAGGAAGGACGACAUCCUCGUUCCCAUCUCCGUCGAAUCCCCCUCCACUCCCACAAUCCUCGCAGACGGAGCAUCCCGCGCGCCAGCCACCGCCCAACAACAACCAUCACCACCCAAACUACCCACCAACGCAACGACCUACAAAGCCCUCGAAUCCCACCCCCAAUCCGUCCAAACAAACGCAACCACCUUCUCCUACCACGUCUCCAAUCCCUCCUCCCCCUCCGACCUCCACCUCUUUGCCACAACCGGCGAAGGCACCGUCAAGAUCCUCUCCUACCCCUCCUUCGACGUCCUCCACACCCUCCACGCCCACACCUCCGCCUGCCUCUCCAUCGCCUACGCCCCCACAGGCCGCUACCUCGCCGUCGGCGGCAGCGACGCCCUCAUCUCCCUCUGGGACACCACGGACUGGAUCUGCCGCCGCACCGUCUCCACCAACAACGGCGGCGCCGUCCGCGGCGUCAGCUGGAGCUUCGACGGCCGCUUUAUCUGCGGCGCCUGCGACGAGGUCGGCUGUGGGGGGAAUGGUCUUGAGAUCUUCCACGCUGAGUCUGGAGAGAGUGUUUACACUAUUCCUACAGGUGGGAGUGUCAAUUCUGGUAUUCCCGCUGUUGCGUGGCAUCCGUCGCGCUACUGGCUGGCUUAUUCUACAACUGCUGAUGGGCCGGGUGUGGCUGGUGCGGGUGGGCUGAAGAUUGUUGGUGCUGCUGGGGGGAGCUUGUAG